CACAAUCUCGGUAGGAAAGCCUUUUCAAAUCAUAGCAUUUCAGCUCAUCUGUGCACUUCUGAGCUGUCACAGCACGUCCGGGUUCAAAUAUGGAUUUUAUGAGGUCUAUAUAGUAUGUGUACAUCGUUUAACUGUGCUUACUAGCCUGUAGAUGCAGCGUCUCCGCAGGGAAGCUUUUGAUCAGUGAAGCUAUCAGUGGCAAAUCACACUCCAGCAAAUCAAGCAUGGCUUCUGAUAUCAACUAUCAGGAUGGCCCAGACUUUUCCAGAAGAGAUGAGAGUCCCGCUGAAGAUGAGCCCAUCCAUUCCCCCGGUUCCCCACGACAGACAGAAUACGAACGAAUCGGAGGAAGAACAGGAUCCUCGUUUUUUCAGACCUUAAUUCAUUUACUUAAAGGAAAUAUCGGUACGGGACUCCUCGGCUUGCCUCUGGCUGUCAAGAAUGCAGGACUCGUGCUGGGGCCUUUGAGUCUUCUGGUUAUGGGUAUCGUGGCUGUUCACUGCAUGAACCUCCUCGUGAAAUGUGCACAUCAUUUAAGUGCAAAGAUGGGCAAGCCCUUUCUUUCUUACGGAGAUGCGGUGGAGUAUGGCAUGGAGAACGUGUCGUGGCUGAGCAGACACUCUCUGUGGGGAAGGCGUAUUGUGAAUCUGUUCCUCAACAUAACCCAGCUGGGCUUCUGCUGCGUUUACUUUGUGUUCCUCAGCGACAAUGUCAAACAGGUGGUUGAGACUGCAAACGGGACGACCGGGAACUGUCACAACAACGAAACCGCAGUGAUUGUCCCCGGCUAUGACUCUCGCCUCUACAUGCUCUUCUUCCUGCCCUUUAUCAUCGUGUUGGUGUUCAUCCGCAACCUCAAGUACUUGGCUCCUCUCUCGUUUGUAGCAAACAUUUCCAUGUGCAUCAGCCUGGUCCUCAUAUACUACUACUGUCUGACGAAUAUCCCAUACCCUAUCAACCUCCCGCUGGCAGGAAGAGCAGUUGACUAUCCUCUCUUCUUUGGAACAGCAAUAUUCGCCUUUGAGGGAAUUGGAGUUGUGCUCCCACUUGAGAAUAAGAUGCAGAAUCCCAGAGAUUUCCCCAGGGUCCUGUAUCUGGGCAUGGGCAUCGUCACCACCCUCUACAUCUCUCUGGGCACCAUUGGCUACAUUGGCUUCGGAGAGCAUAUCCGGGGCAGCAUCACUUUAAACUUACCAUUGUGCUGGUUAUAUCAGAGCGUGAAGCUGCUUUACUCUUUUGGGAUCUACAUCACGUAUGCGCUGCAGUUCUACGUGUCAGCAGAGAUCCUGAUCCCUCCGGCGGUGGCACGCUGCGGUCCCAGAUGGGCGUUGAUGGUGGACCUCAGCAUCCGCGUGGCUCUCGUAGGCCUCACAUGUGCUCUGGCCAUAUUGAUCCCAGAGCUUGACCUGGUCAUCUCUCUGGUGGGCUCGGUGAGCAGCAGCGCUCUGGCCCUCAUCAUCCCUCCCCUGCUUCAGAUCAUCACCUUCCAUAAUGAAGACAUGAAGCGCUGGGUGAUGGUCAAGGACAUCGGCAUCAGUCUCAUUGGCUUUGUGGGCUUUGUGGCGGGGACGUACAUCUCCAUCCAGGAGAUUGUGGCACGGAACAGCAGCAGACACAACGGCACACACCUGCAGCUGCUGUGAUGCUGACAGAGCGACAGAAUAAAUGCAGACCCACUGAAUCAUUUACUUACUAUAGCUCCUUUGAUUUCUGCUGAAUUCCGCUUGGGAUUCCUCUUACAGAACGUGUU